AGGGCCACGAAAGGGGGGGGGGAACCAGUUUUUGUACAUGCGGCGGUAAAUUGUAUCAUGAUUGACGGUGUUGGCACGGUACUUUGCGGGAUUCCGAUGGUGUAUCGGUAUGGUGGUCUGUCUGGCUUGCACCGCACCGUGCCAUGAUGAUACUCUGCGAGGUUCGAACUCGACUCCCUCCACUCACGAGGCCUUGCUUGAAACGCGGGAAAAGGGGAAGAGGAGAUCGGUGCAAGUUGUUAGUAAAGAUGAGGGAAAGAGAGACAAUUAUCGCUAUCUACGGUGGUAUUCUCUCGCGCCGUAUCCUGCCCUGUCCCUAUCUAUCGUAAAUAACAGGACUGGGAGACUUUCGCCUUCUUGUUCGCAAUUUCUAAUAUUUCUCCCGCUUCCUCUUCUCCGUCUUCUCCGUCUUCUCGUACCCGAACAUUAUCACCACAUUUCUCCCCCCACGGUACUGUGCUCUUGUCUGUAUACUUCGGCUGCGAACAGAAGGUCCUCGCAGGAGAUACACAAAGCGGGUCGAGUGUCUCUCUCCUCCUUCUCUUCCCCAUCCUCCCUUGUCCUUUUGCCAGGCUGGCUCCACCGCGGGCCACAAAUCGAUCAUCUCCCCUUUCUUUCUUUCCCGCGUUCUGUUCUCGCCGUGGAGGUCAUUUUUCUCUGUACGAGUACGAGUACACACUGUAUCUGGGCAUAGGUUAGUCUUCAACUCUUGCAAACCAUUCCUGGUUCACCGAUCCUCCACCUCCGUUACCUCACUUUACCCUCUCUCUCCCUCUCCCUCCCUCUCCCUUUUCACUCUCUCUCGCUACCUCUCUCCGGUUCAACUCUCUCUCGCCCCCUCUCGCCCAACCUCACUCCCAUUCACCUCGCCCGGGUUGCCCUGUCAACUGGGAGCGAGAUAUAUCGUAGUUCUGCUAUCAUAAUCCCUUGCUCGCCUGCCCGCCCGCCUGUCUGUUCGAUUUAUCCCUUUUAUUUAUUCCUCCCUUUCUUCUGUGGUCUUCUCCGCCCCGGGUUUCCUGUUCUAAUCGUGUGCACAGCACUUGCCGCUUAUCUCCCUGUCUCUUCCUUCUUGCCCCCACCCCCUCCACACCAUACCCUACCCUCUUGUUGCUCCCUCAAGCCGUGUUUCUGAUUCACGGUUGUGGUCGCUUCACAACCAAUCGCUGCCGUACACCUAUUCCGCCUAAGCUGUUGACAUCGUGCCUAUGGCUAAGUGCACGAUACAAAAACAGCCAAAACAGCAGUCCAUUAGUCGAACGCCUGAGAAAUCCCUGAACUGAUAAAUCCUCCACAAAAAGAAAAAGGGGUCGCGAGAAAAACAAGAAAAACUCAGAUUUUUGUGAGUGGGAAAGAAAGCAAUAAGAUAAACACAAAGAGAAGCCCUCAAACCAAAGAUUAAAAAAGAAAGAAAGAAAGAAAGAAAGAAGAGAGAUCUUCCUCCAUCCUUAUCUCCAUCUCUCUUUGUUUUUUUUUUUCUCUUCUCUUCUGAAAUACUUUGUCUCAACAUACCCGUCCACUUUCCCCUACAUCAUUGCGCCAAAAUAGCUAUGUCUAGUCACGAAUUCCAUUCUGGCCAUCAUAAUCCCGAAGAUGGGGCUGCGGCAGGUUUGUUAAACGACAUUUCUUCCUAUACCUUUCAAACAUUACUUCAUGGCCCCUCGAGUUAUCGUACCUCAUCUACUUCCUCACAUGUGUUCUAUGGUGCACCAGCUCGGCCGUAUGCCCCACUCCCAGCGCAUCCACACGCCCCGCUGUCGACAACUUAUGGAACUCCAAUAAGAUCGCAGGUUAUGCGGCAGUCAUUCGUCGCAUACGAUGAUGUUUCAAUCCAAGACUACGAAAUCCCGCCAACAAGAUCUUAUGUGCGAGGGAGGAACUUCUACACCCCUCAGGGGAACUGGCAAUCGGAAGAGCCACCUUCUAAUCCACGAGCUUCAUCACCACCCAGGAUGGUACUCCCCAAACGGAAGCGACAUGCUUCGGAGAAGGCCCUUGCUGAGCUGAAGCCAUUGGCUUUAAGGGAGCUAAAGGAGGAUGAGACGGCCUGUAUCAUUUGUAUGGAGGAUUAUGUUGAUGUCCCUGAUUCCACGGAUGAGCUCAAGACUGAACACGCGCUGCAGAUGAGCUGCGGGCAUCACUUUGGUUCUUACUGUCUGAAGAUUUGGUUGAAGGGGCAUAGCACAUGUCCAACUUGUCGAAGGGAGGUGGAUUUUGUUGAGGAGGAGGAGGGGAGGUCAAUGGCGAUGAG